GCUUCUUUCUUGCUCCCUCUUCUUCAUCACCUCUCCCUGUCAUUGAAAACUGAGAGGAAGAGGAUGAUCUAAAAGUGGGCUGUUUUGCAUGGCUACCAGUGAUCAGAGUUUUGGAAUGAACUGCCGCCGCCGCCUUCCGGACCACCACCACCAUGAUAUGGAUUUCGGAAACCUGUUCUGGUUUUCAAGAUUAAAUCUUUUUUUACUUGGUUGGAGUAAAAAAACUGUAUGGGUAAGCUUUAUAUGCAGAAGAUAAAGGUGAACCAACACUGGAAAUGUUCCCAUCUUGGCCUGCUAGAUUCCAUCUCAGCAGCCCAAUGAGAGGGGGGAGCUCAAGAUCAGGUGGAGAAGACAGCAGUGAUUCAGGAUGCUUUGGGAACAGAACAGAAGACACAGAGUCGCCGCCAUUGAGUACAACCUUUGACCAUAGUCAACAUCAUCAGCUCCCACUUGCUGCCGCAGACAUGGCGGCCACUCAUCCAGCUCUUCCUCCUAAUUCUAAACACCCCUCUCAACACAAGAGAAGUGUGGGUGGUUCAUCUUCUUCCGAAAGAAAUCUUGACGCUAAGACGUUGAGGCGUUUAGCUCAAAAUAGAGAAGCAGCCCGAAAAAGCCGCCUAAGAAAAAAGGCCUACGUACAGCAACUAGAGACGAGUAGGGUACGGCUGGCUCAGCUAGAACAGGAACUGGAGAUGGCUCGGUCCCAGGGGAUUUUCGUAGGAGGCGGUCCGGCUGUCGGUGCAACCAUUAGUCCCGGGGCUGCAAUGUUUGACAUGGAGUACGGAAGGUGGCUGGAGGAGGACGAGAGGCACAUUUCCGAGCUUAGAACGGCGAUGCAGUCGCAUUUGUCGGACGAGGAUCUGCGGGUGAUCGUGGACGGGUACAUCUCGCACUACGACGAGAUCUUCCGGCUCAAGUGCGCCGCCGCGAAAUCCGACGUUUUCCACCUCAUCACCGGAAUGUGGUUGUCCCAGGCCGAGCGUUGCUUCCUCUGGAUGGGCGGUUUUCGACCCUCCGACCUUAUCAAGAUGCUGGUGGGGCAGUUAGACCCGUUGACGGAGCAGCAAGUGAUGGGAAUAUACAGCCUUCAGCACUCGACGCAGCAGACGGAGGAGGCACUAGCCCAGGGCCUGGAACAGCUCCAACACUGCCUUAUCGACACCAUCUCUUCUUCUGCCACCACCCUCAACCAUCACAUGGCUGCCAUUGCCCUCGCCAAGCUCUCCAAUCUCGAGGGUUUCAUCCGUCAGGCGGAUAACCUGAGGCAAGAGACGAUUCACCAGCUGUGCCGGAUACUGACGGUGAGACAGGCGGUGCGGUGUUUCUUGGCCAUCGGAGAGUACUACGCCCGCCUCCGUGCUCUCAGCUCCCUAUGGGCUUCUCGUCCCCGCGCAGAGACAACAACGUUGUUGAUGGUUGAUGAUGGAGGGGCAUUAUGCCAUGGAAAGAUGGUCAUGGAACAGCAAAUGGCGCCGUCCACUACUGACCAGAACCACUUUCGCAGCUUCUGAACAUAUUUAUAUUUAUAUUUAUAUUUAUAUAUAAUCCUCGCUCGUUGAGUUUUAAGUAUUUCAAAUUAUUUGGCAUUCUUUUAUGUCAACAAUGUUUAUUUAUAUAUAGAUACACACUAGAUUUAGGAUAUUUUAGACAUUUGUCAAAAUCUCUCAAUUUUAAAUUUAAAGUAAGAAACUAACUUGGGACAA